UAUGGAUGUGAGCGCUAAAUUUGUCGGAAGAUCCUUUUCUGCGAUAAAAAUGGUAGAGUGGAGCACAGGAAUGUGAAAAAGAAAACAGAUGCAAAACCAUGGCUCUUCAAUGGGUGUUAUUGUUGCACGGAUGCUUAACUAUCUUAGUACUUGUUGCUUUUUUAUGCGGGCAAUGGCCUAUAUUUGAAGGCACAUUUGUGGAGAAAAUCAAUUAUUUUAUCACUUCGGGACUCUACGAUUUAAUUUUAAAGGCAGCUUCAGUUGUAUGUGGAACAAAGGGUAGAAAUGCAUUUCUGUCAGUUGAGUAUUAUUGCUGCGACCGUCCAAAUCCAAUUUUGCAGAUAUUGUACUUAACAACCAUUGGAGUAACUUACUAUUUUGUUUUGAAGUCUUCUUCCAGCUUUAUUCCUGGUUACUAUAUCUCGGGAAUACACUGGUAUAUGAGUAUGAUUGCCGUGCUUAUAGGGAUUAUCCUAUUUACAAUUACCAGUUUUUCUGAUCCGGGUACUAUCAAUUCUGCAAAUGUUUCAAGAUACCUCUCAGCAUACUGUUAUGAUGGUAUCAUAUUUACUGAAAAGGAAUGUGCAACAUGCAAGAUUCCAAGACCUGCAAGGUCUAAGCAUUGCAGUGUUUGUGACCGCUGUGUUGCACGUUUUGAUCAUCAUUGUGGGUGGAUGAAUAACUGCAUUGGAGAGAAGAACCUCCGUUACUUCUUGGCAUUCUUACUUUGGCAUUUUUUCCUUUGCUCUUAUGGAGUGGUCGUUCUUUGUGCAAUCCUAGCUGGAGAAUUCAAGCAGCACAAGGUCUUUCGUAUUUUAACUGUUUACUACGGUAUUGAGAAUUCAUUUUUCAGCUUGGCUCCCCACAUUGUACAGUGGUUGCUAAAUUUCUACAACACACAAGUACUUCUAAUAAUAUUUCUGGCAGUGAUUUCGUUACUGCUAGCAGGUUUCUUCUUGUAUCACGUUCACCUUGUUAUCACCAACACAACCACCAAUGAGACUUUUAAGUGGGACAGCUACAAGAGGUGGCAGAUUAACUUAGCUCAAGUGAAAGCUGCAACAGAGUCACUCAAUCAUUCUGCUAAACCGGUCGGUGUAGAUCAGCAAAUGGUUGCCAAUGCAAACGACGACAACACAAAGUGCUGUUCAUUCAACCCGAUUUUCAAAUUGAAGAGGUUGUAUACAAAAUGGCAACAUGAAAAGCAAUCAUUUGUCAAGAAUAAUGUCUAUGACCAGGGAGUAAUCCACAACAUACGUGAAGUUAUAUACCCAAUGUCAUGCAGGAAAUUCUUUUCCUCGAGAAAAUCAGAUUAGUCUCUCGUUAGACAUGUUUAUUUUAUAUGUUCUUAAUCAUCACCGGACUCUUAAAGCAAGAUUGCCCAUUUGCUAUUUCUCUUCAUCUGGGAUAAUGGUGCAUGUAAUUCUAUGGAUCAAGUAAUGCGAUGAUGCUUAAUGAUUGGUUUACAAAAGCUUGGGCCUAUCAGAAGCAAGAGGGGAUUUUAAGGAUCAAAUAAUGCAAUCUGUUUGGUUAUUUAUAAUCAGAGAAGCCAUAUUAACAUUAGUUACACUGAAAACCGAUGCAAAAAUAAUGUAAAUGCAUGUGUGUAAAGUCAACCUUGUAAGUCUUGAUCUUGUAAAACUUGGAAGGUAUGUAACGAUAUCAAGAUGACCUUAUAGUUGAUCUUGGUCAAACACGAAUUCAGCAUGCCAUUUGGAAAGCUUUGUGGCAAGGACCUUCAUAUUUAAUCUUUAUAGAAAAAGAACCCAAAAAUGCAAGGUUUAUAUAUGAUCCCAACAUUGGCAUUGCUGUUCUGCUGUUCUGCUGUUCUGCUGUAAAACUGCAUUCUGUUAAUUUUGAAAAAUAAUGAACUUGCCUAUCAUUACCGUGCCCAUAGAACUUUGUGUAGAUGGUGCGCAGGUUUUUCAACUACUAUUGUAAGCAACAUGGUUGUGAUUUCUUGAAGAGAUAAACUCUUUGCAUUUGCACAUUAUGUGAUUA